AUGUCGAUGAAUUUCGGUAUGCCCGGCGGCAACAACGAGAACGGCCUGUCGCUGCCAAUCAUGGGCGGCCACCACGCCAUGACCGGCGGCGGCGACCAGCGAGAUGCGUACGGCUGCAUGUCCAGACCCACGUACGACACGUCUCCACCGCUGGCCAUCGGCGCGCCCGGCUACCUGAGGCCGCCCGUGUCGCCCACGUCCAACAACAACAGCAGCCCGCCGACUCACCACGCGGCCGCCGCCGCAGCAGCCGCCGCCGCUGCUUACCAUCACCACCCGCCGCCCAUCAACGGACACCAUCCGCACCACCACGCGCACCACCAGUACAACAUGAACGGCUCAAACUCCACAGGUCUCAUAUCGCCCGGAGUUUCGGUGCCGAUCGCCGUACCAGGGCACACGGCCGACCUGUCCUCUCAAUACUGGCCACGCUUGCAGUGA